UUUAAAAUGGCGGCCUCUGAAGAAGCAGAGACUGAAGACCAACAGAAAGUGCGAUUUCAAGUUGAACUCGAAUUCGUGCAGUGUUUAGCCAACCCACACUAUCUUAACUUUCUUGCACAGAGGGGUUAUUUCAAAGAUCCUAAUUUUAUAAACUACCUCAAAUAUUUAUUAUAUUGGAAAGAGUCUCAGUAUGCCAAGUUUUUGAAAUUCCCACAGUCUCUGCAUUUCUUAGAGCUGUUACAAUACGAACAUUUUCGCAAAGAACUUGUCAGUGCACAAUGUGCUAAAUUUAUUGAUGACCAACAGCUGUUGCAUUGGCAGUACUACGCCAGGAAAAGAAUGAAACUACAACAAGCACAUUUGGAACAGCAGCAGCAGCAACAUCAACAACUGCAGCAGCAGCUGCAGCAACAACAUCAGCCACCAAUGCCACAUCACGUACAAGCAGCAAUGCCAGCACACAGCUUACAUCAACAAAUACAUCCAAACCUUCAUCCACAGCCAAAAUAGAUGAUUCUGUGUGCUAAGUGUCUUAAACUUUCAAAUGAUGAAGAAACAGGAUACUAUCUGCUGUGUCUCACACUGUAAAUGACAACGUAUCGUCAAUUUAACAAAACUCUACAUUGAAGUUUAUGAGGAUUAAACUGUUCAGUUGGCUAAAACUUGUAUUGGAAAUAUUUGCAAGUUGUAGUUAGCCUGUGAUGUAAAUCCAGAAAACCCUCAUUGACAGUUUUCCUCACUCUGAAUGGUUGUAUCCCAAAUAUUAAUUUAAACUAUAGACUACAUGUGUUGAUAUAUGUUGACUCUUAUUUUAUUCACGUGGUAUUUUUACAAAACAAAUAGUAUUAAAAUAAUAAAGGGGCCCAUCGCAUCCAGAUAUAUUAUGGUAAAAACAACUAUCACUGGUAUUUAUGGAACUUAAUUCUGAAAGUGAAAGUUGUAGUUUGUGACUGUAUUUUACAAUGGGACAAGAUGAAUCCAGUAACUUUGGUCUAAUACAGAGUUAAGACUAAUCCUAAUCAUAUACUGGUUGGAAAUAAAGAUUUAAUUCACUUCA